AUGAAGAUCUACGAUUCAGACAUCCUGGAGGCGGUGCAGCAUUCUCUGCCCAUGAACAAGUUCAAGAAGAAAGCCCUCGGGGUGGUGGCGCGGAACCUGCCGGUGGAGGAGCUCGACAAGUACGUGCAGAUGUACCACCUGAUGGACAAGGACCACAACAGCAACCUGUCGCUAGAGGAGGUCAAGGAGGGCCUACACAUCAACGGACAGCCGGUGCUGGAGUCAGAGAUCAAGAUGCUGCUCGAGGCCGACUGCGACUUGUUCGUGACCGUGUCGCUGCACCUCAAGAAGAUGACCGACAACGAGUACCUGGCAGCCGCGUUCAAGUACUUUGACAAGGACGGCAGCAGCUUCAUCAAGCUGGAGGAGCUCAGGGAGGCGCUCCGCCCCAGCGACCAGCAGGUCAUCCAGUACAUCAUCCGCGACGUCAACACCGACCAGGAUGGCCGAAUCAGCUACCAGGAGUUCAAGCUCAUGAUGAAGGCAGGCAGCGACUAG